AUGGCGGAAAAACUAGACAAAACUAAACGUCUAAGUCGAUGGUACUUCGGCGGUCUGGCUUCCGCGGGAGCAGCCUGCUGUACGCAUCCUCUCGAUCUCUUAAAGGUGCAUUUACAAACCCAACAAACGGGCAAAAUUGGUCUUAUUCGUAUGGGCAUCAAAGUAGUGAAAACCGAUGGCAUUUUAGGACUGUACAACGGAUUGUCAGCCAGUCUUGUUAGACAGCUUACGUAUUCGACCACCCGGUUUGGCAUGUACGAAACAGCGAAGAAGCAGCUUCCUACAGAUCAUGCACCCCCUUUUUAUCAGAAAGCUCUCAUCGCCGCAAUAUCUGGUGGCUGUGGUGGAUUUGUCGGUACUCCUGGUGAUAUGGUGAAUGUGCGGAUGCAAAACGACAUGAAGAUCGCUCCAGAACUGCGUCGAAAUUAUAAGCAUGCCAUUGACGGAAUCUGGCGCGUUUAUAAAGAGGAAGGUGUUAAGAGUCUGUUUAAUGGCGCAACGAUGGCAACGCUUCGAGCUAUCUUCAUGACUAUUGGACAGCUGGCUUUCUACGACCAGUUUAAGCAGCUUCUGCUGUCAACCCCGUAUUUCCAUGAUAAUUUGGUGACUCACUUUUCUGCAAGCUUACUCGCCGCCGGUGUCGCUACUACCAUAACACAGCCGUUAGAUGUGAUGAAGACUAGAAUGAUGAACGCGAAGCCCGGUGAAUUCCGAGGCAUUUUCGAUUGCAUGAUUUACACUGCAAAAGUCGGUCCUCUAGGCUUCUUCAAGGGUUACGUUCCAGCAUUCAUCAGACUGGCUCCACAAACGAUCCUAACGUUUGUUUUCUUCGAACAGCUGCGCAUGAAUUUUGGAUUUUUCCGCACCACUCCUGAAACUUCAUCGAAAUAG